AUGAUCUGACUUACGUCCAACCAACACCUUAGAUACGACCGGCCUCAGCUCAGCCCGCACGGGCCGCGCACGUCACAUGACAUCACCCUCGUAUCCUUAUUUUAUCGCCUAUUUUGCCCGGCCAGUCGCUUAUGAGAAGCUCCCCAUGCUUCAGCCAGUGACCCACUUUUGACUGCUCUUCUCAGGCUGAGCUCGUUCAAGAAUUCCAGUCCCCAGUUCCGCAAGUUCCGAAUCCGAUCCUACCUGAGGUCUGCAGCGGCAUCUGCCUCGUUCCCGGUCAGGCCACCGUUGCGAGGCGCCGCGGACGUGAACGCGGUCGUUAAGCGUUGCGCUCCCCCAGGCGUUAAUACUAGUACUGUUGGUAGUAGUAGUAGUAUAUAUGCGCACCCCUAAUCCCCUGAGAUCGCCGACAGGUAGUAGCACCUGCAGUGACUGUACUCGUGCUCUGCUAUCGCUCCCAGCAAUUUCACCAUACGACUUAAUCUUAGUGCCCGUGACGCCGGUCAGAAUCUAUCGGUGUUGGACCUGAGACGUGCCGCUCCGAUGGGCGUGCUCGCAGGCGCAAUCAUGGUCGGAGCCCAGCCCCUUGUACGAACGGUUUCAGUAAAACCGGCGAUAGUAGCCCGCAUUCCACGGUACGAUUGUCUGAUUACGAGCGCGAGCGGCUCGUCCCCUAGCGCGUGGCGCCGCGCGUCACGCACCUCCCUCCCUUCCUCCUCCUUCCCCUCCUCCUCCAACCGUCACCAUCAGGCAAAUUCCGCAACGGCAUCAUGGCGGAAAGCUUCCAUUAGUAACGCCUCGCCGCGCUUGCCACCUGCGCGUGGUCUCGCCUCCGCGCUUACCACUAGCGAUCUUACCACCCAGUUCCGCAACCGCGCGCACGAUCAGCAGACUACUUUCUCCCAGAACUCGGCCCGAGAAUCACCCUCGGCGGUUCCCCUUGGCCAGCCCCGCGCGUUCCUCUGGGUCGUCUCUCCCGUGGUCGCCGCACUCGUCGCCGCGUUUGCCGCUGUGUUCACGGUCGCGUUCGCAAUCAAGGCGGUCGUCGCAGUGAUCUUCGCGCUGGUCGCGGUUUCCGUCUUCCUCCCUAUUGCGCUCUUCGUUUUGCUGUUCACGCUCCCGCUCUUCAUCCCAGCGCUGCAGGUCGGGAUAGCAGCAGCGGUCGGGACCGCAGGGGCUGUUUUCGCCCUGGUCGCAACCGUAGGAGCGGUAUUGUCCCUUACACUGUUGAGGCGCGGGACGAAAUCUAGCAGCGGUGGGAAAGGCAGCAGCGGCGGGAAACGGGGGAAGAGGGGGAAGCGCAGCAGUGACUUUGAGCGAGAGAUGAUGGAUUACCUUGAGUUGAGCCCUAAGGAGCGCGAGAAGAUGAGCAAGGCGCUCGAUAAGCUUGGAAUGAGAGGGUGGUUUGAUUCUACGUUUAGCAAGGAUAAGGAGUGGAAGAAGUGGGUGGACUACGUUGAGUGCAAUGAGGACGAGGAGGAUAGGGACGAUGAGAAAACGAAUGUCUUUGCGCGUAAUGAGCGUGGAGGCAGCAAGAAGGGGAGUAGCGCGGGGAGUGGCAGUGGAACUGGGGCGUGGCUGGAGGAGGAGGAACGGAAGCGGCUGAAGAGUUUCGAUGAGCAGCUGAUUGAGAAGAGUAUGCGGAAGAUGGGGGAUCCAUCUGCCUGGUCUGUGGACCAGGUGGCCUCCUGGCUUGAACUGCAAGGCUUUGGUGCGUACGUGGACACUUUCAAGGAGCAACGGGUCUCUGGUGGGGUACUGCUUUACUUGACGGCUUCUGAGUUGCGGGACGAUUUAGGGGUGAAGAGCCUUGGUGACAGGAAGGUGAUUCUGGCAACCAUAUCAGAGCUGAAAAGGAUAGGAGAUUCUGCGUCGUGACAGUGGAGAGCUAUAGAUUGUCAAUUGCAUCCCAUUGGGGUGGAUGGCGUCAUGCAUUAUGUUUUAUGUUUGAGAUAUACUGUUUUCUAAGGCUGC